AUGUACACGGCGUCGUCGUCCGCUGAGACGUUGCGCACGGUCAGCCGGCGCUCGGUGCCCUCCUCCUCGAUGCCGUACUUGGCGCUGGACCACAGCCGCGUCUCCUCCUUGUACCACGCGGCCUCCGUCGCCGGCUGGGGCACCUCGCACAGGAACGUGGCCGACUCCUUCUCCCGCACCUGCAGGUCCUGCAGCCGCUUCUUGAAGGGCACCGCAGGCUCUGCGGAGAAGAGGCUGGUGAACGGACGCCUGCAACUCCGGACUCCACGACCCGACCGACGGGGGCGGGAGACGGGCGGCAGCGGCAGCCCGGCGGCAGGGCGCGGGAGCAGGGGCUGGGAAGAGGCCUCCGCCUGCCGCGCUGGCCGGGACCGCCGGCCGGGAGCUCACCGCGCACGACGACCAGCACGGAGCUGUAGGUCUGGCCCACGAGGUUGGACGCCGCGCAGGUGUAGAGGCCGCGGUCCGACUGCUUGCAGAAGAGGAUCUUGA